CGGUCUUGUCCGACUUGGGAUCGUCGCCGUAACCGUGUUCGCGCCAUUCAAAAACCGCGAUCGGAAUACAAUAGUUACAAUAUAGCAUCUACACAGCUGCAGCAUGAACGGUCACAAAAAUUAUCGUUCUAGAUUAGUGAAAUGGCACUGAGGUAGUGAUAGCAUCGUCUGAGAUAAUAUUUUAUUCGACAACAUUUGGGAUACCAGAGGGAAGAGUGAUAGACACUGACGUACCGUCACAUAUUUUUGAAGCCGAACGAGACUCCGUCCGGACCCGGUUGUGGUCCGGCGAUCCAGUUAAGAUCCGCUACCAUCGUAGCCCAGCAUGCCACUCGAUUCGCAGUCGGCUCAGCGUUAGGUUGUCAUAUACUCAGUCGCCGGAUCGUCCCCCGGAACUCAGCUAAUUGCCCGUGAAAGUCCGACGAAAAUUAAGAAAUAUUGUGAGCAGCAACGCAAACAGCGACCAUAUCCGGUACAUGUCCGAAGUGGUGUGUUUUGGAUCGGUGGUGCUCCAGUGCCAAGUGACAGUGCGAUCGCUAUCAGAGUCAGAAAUCAAAAUCGACAAUUAACGAUGGUGCAGAGCGAGAAUCCCAGUAGUCUGGGACCUGAGGAGCAACCAGACUUGGAGAAUGGAAGAUCCUCAGCCGCAGAGGAGUCUGAUGCGGAGACCAGGUUGUUGGACAACGGAAAAGCCUACGACAAGGAAAAGGAGGCGGGAAACAAUCUCGACCCCGAAGACGGUAACCCAAAGAAGCCAAAAUCCAAAAAGAAGAAACAGAAAUCCGAGCAGGAUCGCCUCAUCACCGAGGAGAUCAACAGACUGCUGAAGGAGACUCCUUUAGAGAAGAGUGUCACCUGCGGCUUCUGGAUAUUUAAAGGAGACUUUUACCAGCGAUUUGCCAACCAAACGGCAUAUGUCCUGCUCUAUGGCAUCGUGGGCUGUAUAUUUUCAAUGACAUAUGCCUAUUUUAAUGGCACUAUUACCACUAUUGAAAAGCGUUUCAAAAUACCUUCCAAGAACACGGGAAUAAUCUCGGUGGGCAAUGACAUUAGUCAGACGUUGGUAUCGGCUGUUUUGGCCUACUAUGCCGGCAAAGGUCAUCGACCGCGAUGGAUUGGCUUUGGUCUGUUAACCAUUGUUCUCUUCUGCGUGUUGACCACGGCACCCCACUUCCUAUACGGUCCUGGCGAAGACGCUUUGGCUUUGACUUCCGAAUUCGGAGGAGUACCGGAUGAAAACGCCACCAUGGAGGCCAUCGAGGAGCAACGUUCCAAGACACUUUGUAGGCUGAACGGCGGAGGAGCUGAAUGCGAAGGCGGCGAAGGAAACUUUGCUCCCCAACUGCUGCUCUUUGUGGCCCAAUUCAUUUCGGGCAUCGGAGGAUCCUUGUACUACACCCUCGGGGUAUCUUAUAUGGAUGACAAUACUAAAAAGUCCAAGACGCCGGCUUUGCUGAGCCUCUCAUACUUCCUGAGGAUGCUGGGUCCAGCCAUCGGAUAUGCACUGGCCUCCUUCUGCCUGCGCCUGUAUAUUGCCCCUCAGAUGCAUCCUGUCAUCAACAACAAGGAUCCCCGCUGGCUGGGUGCCUGGUGGCUAGGCUGGCUGGUGAUGGGCGGACUCCUUGCCUUCUCCGGAGUUUUUCUUUCCAUGUUCCCCAAGGAGCUGCCACGAGCAGUGGCACGUAGGAAAGUCGAGGAGAAUCGCCGGCGAGAAAAGGAGAGACUCUCCGUGAAGAGUACGGAAAAAGAACGUCUGACGGCGGAGUUGGAUCAAAAGACCCCCGAGUCGAAGGCUUCCUUUAAUGACAUGUUGAAGACAUUCAAGCGCCUCAUCACCAACAAGACCUACAUGUGCAACACCCUGUCGAGCAUCUUCUAUCUGGUGGGCUAUACGCCGUAUUGGAUCUUCACGCCGAAGUACAUUGAAGUGCAGUACCGCCAGUCGGCAGCCACAUCCUCCAUGGUAACCGGAACCGUGGCCCUCGCCUUCUCAGCCGUGGGAGUCCUGCUCUCCGGUUUCAUAAUUUCCCGAUAUAAGCCCAGAGCCCGCUACAUGGCCGCCUGGAAUGUGAUUGUUGGCUUUCUGACAGUGGCUGGAAUCCUGGCCUAUGCCUUCAUUGGAUGUCCGGGUAACGAGAGCUCCGUGAUUGUGAAUAUUCACGACAGCUCCCUGGCUGGCAACGCCACGACCUGCAAUUCCGCCUGUGCCUGUGAUUAUGUCCGGUAUUCGCCGGUUUGUGGAGAGAACAGUAUGACCUACAUAUCCGCCUGUCACGCGGGCUGUAAGAGCCUUCAUGUGAAUUCUGAAGGAAAGAAGAUCUUUUACGAUUGCUCCUGCAUUCCUGGUAACGAGGAUGGAAAUUCCACAAGCCAGUUCAAGCGGCUUACUAGCUUCGAUCUGAACAGCGACAACUCAAGCCUGGACACGAGUCUAGCCAACUUGGAGUCUUUGUCGAAUGGUCAGGCUAUGCCAGGUUCCUGUCCUGUCAACUGCUGGACGCAGUUCGUGGUGUUUUUGGCCGUGAUGUGCUGUCUAAAAUUUGUGGGAGCCAGUGGCAGGGCCUCGAAUUUCUUGGUCUCCGUUCGCUGUGUACCGGAAAAGGACAAAACCGCUGCCAUGGGCUUUGGCAUGACCCUUUGCUCAAUGCUGGCCUUUAUACCCAGCCCUAUUUUCUUCGGCUGGGUCUUCGACAGAGUCUGUCUGGUUUGGGGCAAGACUUGCACCAACAAGGGCAAUUGUUGGCUCUACGAUCCGCUGUCCAUGAGAUACACUCUAAACUUCACCGCUGCUGUCUUUAUUGCUAUCGGGGCCGUCUUUGAUUUGGGGGUAUGGUACUACGCCAAGGACCUGAAAAUCUUCGACGAGGAGGUCAAGGAGGUGGAAAUGCAGAUUGUCCAGCACGAGGAGGAGGCCAGCAACGAGAAGAAUACAGAGAUGUAGUCCUAAGUUAAUAUUAUUCCUAAGAACUGUGUGAGUGAGAGUUUGGUGCCUUGAUAUGUCAAUAUCCAUGUGUGAUUUCCCCCAUAGAGUCCUUUACUAUAAUAAACUGUAUUAUAACAGUA